CGGAAGUGAUGUCACGCAAUGUGAAACCCCUGCUGAUAGAGCGGAAGGAAGAGGUGACAGCGGUCCAUAGGUUGUUUGGAUGCAGAAUUAGCGGAAAUGUCGGGGGCGAAGCGAUGUCCCGACUGCGGCUCUUCAGAGAUAGUGGAGGAUGCUCACUAUUCCCAGGAUCAGCUGGUGUGUGCCGACUGCGGCUGUAUUCUGAGUGAAGGCCUCAUCACCACCACCGUCAGCGAGGAGACUUCUUUGCAAGCUGUGAGAUAUUCCGACAGCACAGGAGAGAAUGACUCGGUGACCUAUUGCAUGAAACGGGGAAUUAUCCGUGUGCGAGAUCUGUGCAGAGUCCUAAGGCUGCCUGAUGGCUUUGUAGACACGGCCCUGUCCUACUAUAAACAAGCUGUUGGGCUCCCCCUUUAUCGCUUAGUCUCCAUCGAGAAGAAGGAGAUCAUUGUGGGCUGCUGUGUUUACAUCACUUGCAGGCAACAGCAAUGGCCUAUCACUAUGGGUACCAUCUGCUCUUUGAUAUACGCUAAGAAAGAACUGUUUGCGAGCCUUUUCAUGGACAUCGUGCAAGUCCUGAAAGUGGAUGUCCCAUCUAUUAGCCUCCAGAACCUUGUGAAAAGUCACUGCAGAAGUUUCAAGCUUUUUAAGGACUCGUCUGAGGUUCCUCCACAAUACGCAGAGAAACUGGACACGGUAUCCGAGAGGACUGUACAGACGGUGGAGCUGGCGUAUGAGACGUGGCUGGUGACUGGACGACACCCAAUUCCCAUGAUCACUGCAGCUGCCUAUAUAUCCUGGCAGUCCUUUCAACCAUCUCGUCGCUUAUCCUGUUCUUUAUCGCGAUUCUGCAAGUUGUCUGACGUCGACAUGCCGCCACCGUCAACAAUUCGGUUGAAGGAGCUGCAGGAGACCCUUAUUAAGUUGGCUUAUCAUCUCCCCUGGCUAAAGAUAUUAUCAUUAAAUCGAAAGAAUAUAGUGCAGCAUUUGGGCGACUUACUGAAGCACCGUGCUUUACUUCUCAGGCGAGCUCUGGCUGUCACCGAGGCAGAAUUAUCCAAAGGGACAGAAGCCUCUUCUUCCACUGAUCAGCUCAAUUCUACCUUGGUUUUUCUUCCCCCAUGUGUGAGCAACCCAAAAAAAAGAAGUCGCUCCGUUGCAUUUCCUUGUGGUGAUCUGGACAUAACCGGGGAUGAGGAAAUCUCCGACAGUGAGAUUGAGCAGUAUUUACGGACACCCGCUGAAAUGAAAGAUUAUCAGCAGGUCCAAAGCUGCAUCUCGAGUGUAUAAAUGUUAUUUUAUAAAUCGCAUGCAAGCUGCUUGUCCGCUGGGAGUCGCUUGUCAGAUUUUUUUUAAACCUCGAGCAAGUCCUUCUAGUAUGUAUUCCGGUUUCCUGGAUUGGAAGCAGUAUCCCUAAUAAUGAUCUCAUGUCCACUCCAUUGUUAUCCAUGUGAUGAGCUUGGCUUUGCAUAAGGUACUGACAAAUGAUUGGUGUCCUGUUUCUCUUGGGUUCUAGCGACCACCCAUGAACUGUUUUUGGGGGGUUUAUUAAUACUCUGUUUUAAGAAUUUUUGAGACAUCGAGUGCUAAAUUGGUUCAGAUAAAGGGUAAGUAAAGCUCUACAAACAUUGGCCUUGGGGUAGAAAUGAAUCUGUGUUCCACGCGGCCAGAAAUACAGAAGCCCUGCAACAUCAAGGCCUUUCAUAUCUCCUGUAUCCCUGGAUGUUGGGAUAUAUGUUGGAGGAGGAUACUUUAAUAAAUAAUACAUCUGAAAGGGGGUACUUACUACACAUAGGUCAAAGGUCACUUAGCACGGAUUAUGAAAAUGCCUUGCUCUGCCAUUUUUAACUGAAUUGAGGUAUACAUGGGAAGAUAUAUUUUUUUAUCCAUUGAGGUCUGUGAAAAACACAAAUGAUAAAUCAUCAUCAUCAUAGCAACGUUGUCUUUUUGGAUAUUGAUUUUUCUGUCUCUCUCUGUUUAUUUGUAUGUGUGUGUGUAUGUAUGUGGUUAUUUCAUGAUGUCUAAAAAAUGUAGUCAAAGAUUUUAAUACGAAUGAUACAAGACAAACAAGAUUUUCAUCAUUUUUAAUAAAUACAAUUGUAGUUUUGUCAGUAUUUA